ACCGUAAAAUUUCAUCUCUCAGGGAGGUGGCUUCAGUAUCGAGCGAGGCAGACCCGGUCCUCCAGGGAGAUCAGGGGUGACCAUGAGAUCCGAAUACGCUCAAAAUUCAAAUUCAACAAUACACUAUCCACUCGCAAACCAAUCAAGCUCCUUCCUGCAGCUUCGACUUGAAUGAACUUGCUCGCCUUAACGGUGGACGAAUGCCGAGAAUAGAAAAAGAAUCCUCAAUAGCCCUCUGGGAAGGAUUCAGUGCCCUGUACAUGGACACUUCCUCUGGUAGCGGUUGGGGACAGCCUCUUUCCUCCUCUGGUAGUUGUCUCAAGAACUUCGAGAUUCAGCCGGUUGUGGAAUGCAGUACCAAUCCCGGGUGUGAGGUAAAGUUUGACGAGAGUAGCAUGUGGAUGAGUACAUGUCCUGAAGAAGGGUCUGGAGACACUAUUGGAGAGUUCCUUCCCUACGGAGAGACAGAAUACGACGUUGCAAACCCUAAACCGGUAACGGAUUACAUAUCUCGGUGCUCAGUAUGCCAGAGUACCUACCCUUGGUUGGCAGUCCACAGUUUUAACGAUAGAGUUCCUGAAUGCCCGCAAGCCAAUAACGGAAAGUUUGAAGCUUAUACGCUUUGGGUGGGAUGGAGUCUUAUCGUGGCUAAAGACAGAGGUGGUGGUGUUGGACAAGAUUUGACCACUCCUGGGUCUUGUAUGAGACGGUUCUCCCCGCUGAUUUCAGCCAAGUGUCAGUACGCUGGAACUUCAGUGAGCGGUCCUAACUGUGUGUUCCAGUCUUCUGGUGCCGAGAUAUUGUUCGUCAGGAACUCUGAGAAAGAGUUUGAUGAUGAUGUGGAUGUUGGUGUUCUUGAUGACGACCUUCAUACUUACUUCUCCAGAUGCGCUGUAUGCUUGCUUAAGAUUCUCCGAUAAGAUGACCGGAUUGGAUGUUCUCUGAAUUGGAUUUUAUGGUUGAUGAGUUUUGAGAAUUGUUACAAAUGUGAUAAUGAUAUAUUUUGCGUGU